AUGGCGUCCUUCGCUCGCCGAGCCAUGAAUCUUGCUCAGAUUUCAUCUGCACGUGUACCUGCCUCUGUUGGCCAGCGUCGUGGUCUCGCCGGCGCCGCUGAUCACCAUGGAUCUAACAAGGUUGACUUCUGGAAACAGCCCACGAACCCAGGAAACUGGAAAGAGGAGCAUUUUGUGCUGAUCUCGCUGUCAGGCUGGGGCUUGCUUAUCUUCAGUGGAUACAAGCUCUUCUCCGGUGGGAAAGAAGAGAAGAAGCCUGUGGAGAGUACACAAUGA